AUGUGGAUUCCAAUUCUGAACUCUGAAGGGUCGUUGCUCAAGGCAGGCCUUUCUACAGUCCCCCCCCCCAAGAACAUGUCCAUGUCGGAAGAUGCGGAAGCGAAGAGUUGUGAAGAAUUACUAAAAGAAUGCAGUUCUGAGCCCAUCAUCUUCGUUGGGAAUUUGGACCAUACCUUCACAGCAGAUGCGCAAGUCAUCGUGAGUUUUCCUGGGGCCUACGGCAAGGCUUGGAACUACUUGACACACCAAGCACAAGAUUCUGGGAAUUCCAUCUUGACCACCUGCAUUUUUUUGCCGGACCAUCAUUCCGAGGGCUAUGGCCAUCAUGUCACAACCGGAGCUGAAGGCGGUGUGUGCCACUGUUCCCACCUUUAUGGAAGAAGACAAGUUUGGGGCUGCGCAUGGUACGCACUCUGGAUGGAAAAGACGCAGAAGGCCAGUACCGAAAAGUGCAAUCUCAUUGUUGUGACCAAACGUGAUGGCAGUCUUGGAAGAUCCCAGCAGGGGGAAGUGAACUUCUUAGAAGUAUGUGGACACGUCUACUGUCAAAUGACAAUCGAAGACUUUGUCUACUUCCAUCAUAAAGAGGCCCCACGGCGGAAGCAGAAGGUUGUGCAAACACAUGUCAAGCGCUUAUUGCGCGAGUGUCAAAUCCAGGUCGAGGCAUGUGCUGAUCAGAUCAGAAGAAUCCGUCGAGCUGGCGGUGACAGCACGACUGUUGCUCACAGUCCCAGCAUGUCUCCAUUCCGUGCAGCUUGGCCGAUUCGUUCGAAUCUUUUCCAAGAUGACCGUUCCACUGCUUCUCCCACUAGUCCCAGCAGUUCUACAUCAUCACCAUUCGCGAUGCAACGUAGUGACAACCUGCCAGUCCUUCCUGGCUUUCGGGAUCUUCGUGAUGACGUACCUCGCAUUGUGGACCUGCGUGACCGGGAGCUAGAAGUCGAUGAUCCACAACUGCAAGCGUUCGUUAGCAUGCGAAUCGAAGUACUUAAAGCGGAAGCUUUUCGACGACGUCGAAGCCGCAUGCGAGACGAGUGA